GGAGGGCGGAACGAACUUGUUGAUAAUUCUAUCUGGCGUCGACUCCCAGUGCGCAAGCGCAGCCCCGGGUGACGAAGAUGGUGCUCAUCAAGGAAUACCGCGUAGUGUUGCCAGUCUCUGUGGAAGAGUAUCAAGUAGGGCAGCUGUUCUCCGUGGCUGAGGCCAGCAAGAAUGAGACGGGUGGAGGAGAAGGCAUCGAGGUGCUGAAGAACGAGCCUUACGAGAAGGAUGGGGAGAAGGGACAGUACACACAUAAAAUAUACCAUCUAAAGAGUAAAGUCCCGGCCUAUGUGAAGAUGAUUGCACCAGAGGGAGCUUUAGUUUUUCACGAAAAGGCUUGGAACGCCUAUCCAUACUGUCGCACAAUUGUGACGAAUGAGUACAUGAAGGACGACUUUAUGAUUAAGAUCGAGACGUGGCACAAACCUGACAUGGGAACAGUAGAAAAUGUCCAUGACCUGGACGAGCAGACGUGGAGGACCGUGGAGGUGGUUCCCAUAGAUAUCGCAAACAAAGAAGAAGUGUCAACUGCGGAUUAUAAGCCAGAGGAAGAUCCGUCUCUUUUCCACUCAGAAAAGACAGGCAGAGGACCUCUCGGCGCUGAAUGGAAGAAUGAGAUGAGGACAGAUUGUCCGUACAUGUGUGCGUACAAACUGGUCACCGUCAAAUUCAGAUGGUGGGGUCUGCAGACCAAAGUGGAGGGCUUCAUCCACAGGCAAGAAAAGCGUAUUUUCACCAACUUCCACCGCCAGCUGUUCUGCUGGAUCGACAGAUGGGUGGGUUUGACCAUGGAGGACAUCAGGCGGAUGGAAGAGGAGACCCAAAAAGAGCUCGAAGAGAUGCGUCAGAAGGGAGAUGUGCGAGGCACCUCUGCGACAGAAGAGUAGAGCCCCCCCCCCGCCGCUGUAGGUCAAACUCUAGAGGCAGGCUGACUGCGUAAAACAGGUCCGAUUCGAGGCACCAGUGCUGCUCAUGAGCAAUGAGGCAAAUCAACCAAACCCUGUCAUGAUGAUGUCAUCAGAGACACGCCCACCACCACCACCACAACAACGACGACGAUGAUGAUGAUGAGGAGGCGGCGGCGGCCCCCGUCGUCGCUCUCUUCUCCUGUCUCACAUGAUUCAUCGGGGGGGGUUUGACACGAUUGGUUAACAGUACUGUACAGCUCCUUUCCCCCGAUCACAAGCCUCCUGUUCACUGAGAAAACAAACAAACAAAAAAAAACAUGGUUUUGCAUACAUAUAAAAAGAAAAAAAAAACUCUUUGCACAGAACGUAACUUGCCUGAUAUGUAAUUGUUAGUUGAUUAUUACAAUGGGGCUUUGUUUUUAUUCAGGUGUGUAAACCGGGACUCAGAAAGUCAAGCCUUUUAAAUUCAUUAGAAUGUUUUUUUUUUUUUAGCUAAACAGGUUCCCACAGAAUUUGGUAUACGAUGACUUUAGCAGGUAUUGGACCAUUUAUCUCCCCCUCUUUUCCUUGUAUUAUAACUGUCCGUCUCUACCUUACUCCCUCGUCUCUCCCCUCAUUAUUGUCUAUAUUCUCGUCCUCAUGAAUCUUGUCUGGAUCUCCUCCCCCCCUUUGUCUCACCCUCCCUCCCCUGUGUCUGGCAGUCAUUCGGGAUGUGUUUUUCUUUCUUUUUAUCGCUUUCAUUCAGAGGCCAAUCCAUGCCUGAUUUUUUUUUUUUGGGGGAGUCAAAGCAAAUUUAAUGCAUGAUCGGUAAUUCUCCGCUUUUGUUUUAACAUUUUUCAACAUGACUCGCCUCCUCCUGCCCCCCCUCCUCUCUCUCUCUCUCUCUCGUCACACGUGCAUGUGAUAUCAACAGCGACUCCUCACUUCAAACUGUCAUUGCAUGCGUGCAGUCCGUGCAAUGCAGCUUUUUGCUCAAGUGGAUUGUUUGUGUUGAUCAAAGAGAGCUCGUUGGCGCCCCUCUUAGGAGAGUCUGUACAAUACACCUGUGUGUGUGUUAAGCGUGUGCAUCUGUGUGCUCGUUUGCGUCAUCAAACUGCCUUCGAGGACUGUCGCUUUUUUUUUUUUUUUUUGAGACCGAGAUGGAAAAAAACAUUCAGAUUAACUCGAGGCUUCCAGUCGAGCGUGCCUCAUGCUGUCGCUGCAUGUCCUUUUUCUCCUCUUGCUCGGGCUUUCACUGGACGGCCUCCGCUGAAGCUUUUUUUUUAACAAAUGAGGACGAGUGAGCGUGCGUCGCUGCAAACGUGACUCAAGGUCGUUUUUUUUAAAUAUAUCUCAAACUACAGCUUCUACUCUCAGAGCACAGGGGUCCAGGCAAAAGUUGACAAGCAUUCUGGGUGUGUAGUCUUUGUUUGUUUUAAAAAGUUUUAACCCAUAAGUAAAUAUAAAUUGAGGUUUUCUUGACUGUUUUUUUAGAGAGGAACGAAACGGCUUUUUAGCAAAGAGAAAAACAGACUUAAGUUCAGAUUGCCGUCGGGUGGUGUGCUUCGAGCCUGGUGGCAUCUUAUCCCCCCGCCCCCUUUUUUUUUCUUUGUUUUCGUCCGCUUCGUUUCAAGGCUUGUUGCGAUCUAUCACAGCUGACAUCAUUUUUGAGCGUAAUGCAGAUCCGGUCGGGCUUUAGGUAAAGAUAUUUGUGGUGUUUUUUAUGAUCAUGGCGUAGCUUAGUGCAGUUACACAGCUUUGUUUUUUUUUUUGGAUCAGGUAUGAGUGUGUAGGUUUCGUCGUAACCUAUCUAUGCGUGGUUUAAUGUCAGACAGGUUUUAAAGAGAGUUCUAAGUGUACUUUUUAAUAGGCCCAUUAUAGAAAUGGACAAACUGUACAUACAAAAACACUGACUUGAAUGGGAUGUUCACAGCUACUACUACAUCGUCAGGUCGAUUAUUCAAUACUGUACUGCUAACUUAAAAUAAGUUAUAAAGUUUUCAGAGCAGUGAUGUCAGCUCUGCAGACGGUGAGCGGUGUGCUUUCCACGUGUUGUCGUCACUAAAAACCAUGGUUAAACUGUACCUCAUCCAUGCUUUAUGAAUGUACAGAUAGGCAGACAGGAGGUGUCGGUCUUUGCAGGAUGUUUCUGUGCGGACAUGUUUCACACCUGUACAAGCAUGACUUGGGCCUGUUAGUCGUCAGUACAUGAAGAGAGAUUCACUCGAACAAAUCUGGAUUCUACAGAAGAGGAUUUGGGGCCAAGCACAGGGAGGAAGGUUUUUAUUUUGCAUUUAGGGAAUAAUGUUGAAAUGUUUGGAAUGAAGGUGUAGAAUAAAAAGGAAAGUUGUAUUUCUUGCAUUGAGGAGACAAAAAGUCAAAUUAUUAAGGAAAGGAAAUUCCAUUGUUUACUUAAAUCAAUCAGGAAAUUCUUUCUGCAUUUUUAAGACUUUGUGAAAAUGUAAUUAAAAAGUUGAAAUGUUGAGUAUUAAGUUAAAACUUUCGAUGCAAGUGCCAGAAAACAACCAAAAAAAUAAAUAAAAUCAGGAACUUUUUUGGAGGCAUUUUAUGAAAUUAUGAGAAUAAAAGUGAAAUAAUGACCUUUUAAAUUAAGAUGCCUAAAAAAAAAUCAUAAUCCUCGCUUCAAUUCUUGUCCGACAGGCUCUCUAUAUUCAACGUUGAACAUAAUUGUUGUGACAUUUUCUUCUUAAUGCUCAAAUAAUUAAACAACAACAGUCUGAUUCUAUUUCAUGUUAAUUCUGACACUUGCUUUAAAAUCUCAACUUCAAAACAAAAUUCAAACAUGUCCUUUCUCUGAUCUAAAAACUCAACUUCCUCCUCUGGAUGCAAAAUAAGAAUUCAUAAAAAGUCCUCUGUGUUUUCUUCUGCUGACGCCUGGUCCCGAUAAUCUCUGUAAAAUUCAGAUCUGCAUGCUCUACACUUUUUCUAUUUUUCUUUACCUUUUAUUUUUUCUUGAUUUUUUAAAUUUUUUCUUAAUUUUCUUUUUUCCUCCGUUGGAUCGGUGCGUUUUGAGACGCUCUCGAACUGCAUCAGACAAGAAGGGAAUUCCUUUUUAAAGGUCGACGUUUCCUCAAAAUCAAACUGAAUUCAGCUCGACCUCGGGUUCCUGACGAGGAGUGAAAAGCCUGUCUGAGUUUGAUGGUGACGAGCGGCCCCGGCCUGUAGACUAGAGUAGACUGUGUGAUGUUCGGUUUUGUAGCAUUACCAGGGAUGACUGUGAGGGGGAGGGGUAGAAGCUUAGGGAACAGAUGGAGUCCAAAAUACUGUUUUUUUUUUCUUUAAUGUAAUCAUGAAUAAGCACUUGCAAAAUCUACUGUUUUCUUUCUUUUAUGUUUUGUUUUCUUUUGUUGUUUUUGGAAGACAAAGAUUCACAAUGUAUUCAAGUUUCUCUUUUUUUUCUGAUAAGGCAAAAUUCAGGGGAAUUAGUCGUGAAUGUAUUACAAUUAGUUCCUCUUUUGUUUUCUUUUUCACGGCGUCCACGCUGUGGCAGAAGGUCUAGACAAUGGAACAUAACAGAAUAUCUAAUAAAUUUGAACAAAUAAGAGAA